UUUCUCUCCCCCUCAAAGCUUCUUGCUUUUCCUUCCUCUUCCGAGAGAGACGCAGACACAGACACCCACAGUCAUAACUCACAAGUGAACUGCUCAGCUGCGUUCCGGUGUCCUGCUCCAUCGUUCCAGCUGCUGGGAACAAAUGGCCUUGGUUACAACUGCUGAAGUUUGCGACGCUCACUCGCAGUUGAUUGGAAGUGGUGAUCUUCGGGUGCUUGAGCCAGUAUUCCAGAGAUAUGGCCGGCGACAGGUCUUCUCUGGACAAAUAGUUACCUUAAAGGUAUUUGAAGACAAUGUUCUUGUUCGUGGGUUUCUCGAGGAGAAAGGAAACGGCAGAGUACUUGUUGUGGAUGGGGGUGGAAGCAAGCGGUGCGCAAUAUUGGGAGGCAACCCUGUAGUCCAAGCUCAGAACAACGGAUGGGCAGGGAUAGUGGUCAAUGGCUGUAUAAGAGAUGUCGACGAGAUUGAAGGCUGUGACAUCGGCGUGAGAGCUCUUGCAUCCCAUCCCAUGAAAGCCAACAAGAAAGGGAUUGGAGAGAAACAGGUACCGAUAACCAUUGCCGGGACAAGAAUCUGUGACGGAGAAUGGCUUUAUGCCGACACCGAUGGAAUUCUGAUCUCUCGUACCGAAUUAUCUGUCUAAACCUUAAACAAAGACCCUUCGAAAGGAAAAUUUGUUUCCUGCAAACUGUUGUCCUGCAACGGUUGCAGAAAGAUUUUCUCCUUCCGAAGACGAGUAGUAUUCGCAGCACGAAAUCUAUGUCUUUCUUUCUUUCAGUUGCUAAGCUGUUGUACCUUUGCCUCAUUUUCCAACUGUCUACUGUAUUGAGCAACAUUACACGAUAUCGAACUCUUAACUAUGUUUUAGUUGGUUUAUCAAUAAUGAUAAUAAUUUGAUCAGUAA